UAGAAGCUGCAGUUUGCAUGUUCUUUGCGCAUGCAGACACCAGGGGGCGCCGCUCACCCGGAUAUCAGCGCACAGCUCCGCCCCCUGCUCUCAUGAUGCAUUCAAGUGCCAUAGGAAGAUCAUAAACUUUAUUUCUUUAACAUAGUUCCAUCCAUUUCCUCGGACUCUGCUCCUGUUUGUUGUAUUUAAUGACUUUUAAUCUGAUCCAACUCCGCAGAGACUUUGAACAAACUGAGAAUUUAAUGAAAUGACACGAAUAAUAAAAGGACACGUGCUGUUUUAAAGCUCCGGAGCUGGUCUCCUGUUGUUCAUGAGGCCUGGGGUUUGGUCUGAUGAGUCCAGGCUCCUUAAAACCUCCACACGGGGAACACACCAGGUGCAAUUCUGGUCCGAUGAGUCCCGGUCCCCCUCAGUCCUUGGAGCCCUGAUGUCCUGCGGUCCGUGAAGGCGGCGGGGCUCGGAGCAGGUACAGGUCCCAGGAGGAUCCGUGAUCCAGGCGGAGUCCGGGAGGUGAACCACUUCAGGGACGGAGUCAGGACGGAAUACUACGGCUCCUGUUGACCGGGCCCGGAUGGAGACCUGGACCAGGACCUGAUCCGGGACUCGGCUGGUGUGAGCGGUUCUUGUUCGGUUCUCCAGGGAUCCGGAUCCCAGACCUGCUCGACCCGUGGAAUGCGUGUUUUCUGGACCGAACGGACUUCGAUGCGGAUUAGACCGGACCUGCCGGAGGCUCAGUUUGGAUCCGGGGUUCCUGCUGGACUCUGAAGACCCGGUUCAGGUCUUCGGGGCGGGUUAAUCAUUAGUUCGACCGGACUCCGUUAAACUUCUUUGUGGAUCUUCUUCGUGACUCCGGCUGUUGAGUCCGUCUCCAGAUUCUGGGUCCAGUCCGUAACCAUGACCCGGAACCUCCAGGAUCCACUUCAGACCCGAACCCGUGACCUGGACCUCGUCGGUGGUUUUUACGGAUUUAUUCGGAGAAAGUGGUUCCAGGAUCCGGACACAGAGAAGGUUCGGUUCGGGCUGUUGAAGAUUCUUGUUUGUUGAUCCGGAUCGGUUCGACGGGUCCCGAGAUAGAACAGACCGGGUCAGGCUUCAGAUCCGGACUUUAUCCGCUUCAGGAUCCGGAUCACAACGUGUUUUCAUGGUGCAUCGGUGCGUGGACUUGACCCACAGUAAAGACUCCGGAUUCGGGUACAGACCCGGUCCCGGUGGUUCUGGAACAAACUAUUAGUGUCGGACCUUCUCGGUCCAGGUUUUGACGGAUCCGGACCUGAUUCUGGACUGGAACAUGUAAACGGAUCCACUUCGGUGCAUGAGACCUGGUUCAGUGCUCCAGAUCUAGACCCGGGUCGUCGGACCUGCUGUGGACCGGGCCGCGGUUCCGGUCCGGUCGGUGUUGCAGUGCUUGUGUGCUUCGUCGUCCACCAUGUGCGGCCGGGCUCCGCCGAGGCCAUGACCGUCCUCCGGCGGCGCCUGUUCGGGCUCUGGCUGCUCAUGGCGGCCCUGCAGGGGGUUCUGGGUCAGCCGGGUCUGGAGCCCGAACGGCCGGUGCUCCGGGCCGUGAUCCGGGUGACGCUGCUGAAGCAGGAGCCCAGCGGGAAGCCCCUCACCCUGGAGGGGGUGUUCGUGGGGGGGAGCGCCGGCUACGCGGAGGGAAAACUGAUGCAGUAUCACCCCCUAUCUCUGUGCAACACGAGUGAGGAUGAGCGGCAGGACAGCGACUUCGUCACCAUCGUCAAACUGGAGCACAGGGUUCCACGAUGCCUGCCACUGCUCGAUAAGGCGCGGAUGGCGUUGGAUAAAGGAGCUCAGGCUGUGAUCUUUGAUGUCAGUGACGACGCUAACGCUGCUGCUGAGCUGCGAGAAACAGAAUCCCUUCCCCGUCCGGUUGUUCUGGUGGAGGCUGAAGGCGCCGAGGAGCUGAUGGGUUUGGUCAACAAGAACGAGGAGGCCAAAGUUCGCAUCGAGAUCAUGGUGGAGUCUCAGAGAUGGCCUCAUUAUGAUGUUGGAAUCCUUCUCACCAUCGUCCUCGCCAUCCUCACCAUCAUCCUCAUCUUCGCUUUUCGAUAUAAAUGUAAAUCCAACAGAACCUGGGACUCAGUCCAUCAGCAGACCAUGAGGGCCAUCGGUCGACUGGAGACCAAAACCUACAUGUCCCAGGGCUGUUCGGGGUCGCAGCGCCACCGCGGGGCCUGGGGGUCGGCCAGCAGCAACUCCAGCCCCGUGUGCGCCAUCUGCCUGGAAGAGUUCCAGGAUGGACAGGAUCUGAGGAUCAUCUCCUGCGCUCAUGAGUUCCAUAAGGACUGUGUGGACCCGUGGCUGCUGCAGCACCGGACCUGCCCCCUCUGCAUGCACAACAUCAUGGGAACUGAGCGUCAGACCCAGAGGAGGCUCCAGCAGAGUCCAGACCAGACCCAGGGCUUCCUGCACCCCCAGGCCUACAGUAGCCCCCACAGCCACGCCCUGUCCCAGCAUGCCAUCCCCUUCUCCAUGAGGCCCCAUUACCCCCGCGGACCGUCCGGACCCUACCCGUCCUUGGGCCACUACAGCGGCUCUGCCCCCAUGGACUCUCAAACUCUGCGGUUCCUCGCUGGUCGGCCCCUGGGCUCCGGCUGCGGGUACCACCUGCCUGCUGAGGGGCCUGGUCGGCCCCACAGAAUUGGGGGGAACUGCAGGACGUCCACGCAUCACUACGCCCCCCGGCGGUCCUGCCACACCUACCGGACCUCCUGUCCGGCCCAGCGCAGCGUGUCCAGCUCCCGGCUGCACCACGGCGCUGUGGCGCCGUCUCGGGGUGUGCAGGUCCACGGCCGGCAGGAUGAGGGCAGCUGCUCCGGCGGCAGCUACCACACGGAGCGCAGCGGGUACCUGGCCGACGGCCCCGCCAGCGACUCCAGCUCUGGACCCUGCCACGGCUCCUCCAGUGACUCGGUUCUGAACUGUACUGACGUGUCGCUGCAGGGCGUCUACGGCAGCUGGUCCACGUUCCGCAGCUCCCUGAGCAGCGACUAUGACCCGUUUGGGUACUACGGCCCGGGGCCGGGCCGAGCUCCACGCAGGAACAGCCUGGAGGCCCAGGCCCGGCCCAGGUCUCUGGACUCAGUGAUGAACAAAGCGGGCGGCGCCGACGAGCAGCCACAGACAGUGUUCAGCCACAUCCACUACCACCGCCACCGCCACCACCACUACGAGGAGGGGGAUCCCGGACCCCAGGGCCCCGGACCCGGACCGGACCCCUGGGCCGGCAGAGGCUCUGACGAGGAGCAGGGGCUCGUGGCAGCGCCGGCCCCAUCCACCUCGCACAGCUCAGAUAAAGACUCACCCAAGCACAGCCCCUGCCAGUGCCCGAAACCAGACCCCCCGGACCGGUCCAGUCCGGGAACAGAGGCCCAGGACCAUGAGCCCAGUGGUCCCCUGGGCCCCCCAGGCCCCCCAGGCCCCCCGGUGCUGGUGUCGCCCCUCCCCUUACAGCUGCAGCCCUAUUACUGCCACCAGGGCCACGGCCAUGCAGCGGCGCUGGGCCGGGUGGGGGGCUGCGUCCUGGACGGGCCCUCGGUCCGCUUCCACCAGAGCCUGGACCGGCAGGACGACCGCAGCAUCCACAUCCACUACGGCCAGGGCCCGGGCCCCGGGUUCUGCUGCCCCCCCCCAGCCCUGCUGCCUGUGCCCCUCAUCCUGGACUCGGCGGCCGUGGAGGACUGGCCCUGCUGCGCCGGGGCCCACGUGGUCUGGCAGAAGCGGGUGCAGCAGGCACGUUCGGAGCCUCAGCUGUUGGGGCCCGGGGCCCCCGUGGACCGGCCCCCCUGCAGGUUCCACCACAGCCCUGAACGCACCACAGACAUUUGUUUAUACUGCCAAACAUUUCACCACAAUCAGGGAUCAGAGGAGGAGUCGGGUGUAUGAGAACUGGUUGCUUCCCCAUUUUCACGCUGCUACAGGAGCCAGAACGGACACGCCCCUCGCCACCCAGCCAUGGUCGCUGCCUCCUCCACAUAUUUCCACCUGAAUCGUCUCCUCAGUUUGGAUUCAAGGCUCACG